AUGAGUACGCUCGUGGCGUCGUCGUCGGCCAUCCCACCCCCACCCCUCCACGCUGCGGUCGCGGUCGCGUCGGGUGUGACCGAACGGUCGCCGUCGCCGUCGCCGUCGCCGUCGCGGCACUCGCCUUCCUCGGGUUCCUUGGGUGGUACGGCCCCGACCGCGUUCGGCUCAGCCAAGAGCCACCUCUCCCAUGGAUCCGCUUCGUCCUCCGCGCCCUCGGGAUGUCGACUGCUGUGGAGAGGAAGGCUGGCCCUAGCGCCCAAGCAGUACCUAGACGGUCAGUUCCGUGAUCGUUUCUCGAUUGGGCUCGACCCCGCCCGCUCCCCAUCUCACCUCCUGACACCGCUCGCUGGAUUCUACGUCCUAUAGGCAUCGCUAUCGUCGCCCAUCUAUUCGCCGUACCCUCCAUCUCGCCCUCGGUAUCCAUCUCGCGGUCAUCUCCUUUCGCCGAGGACCCCUUCGCUGCUUCCUCCACCUCCUCCACCUCCUCCACCUCGGGCAUGAGCACGACCAGUGCCGCCGACCUGUGUCUCGGCCUCGAAAUGAUGCGAGGCAGUGACAUCAAACUCGUCACGUCGGAUCUCAAGGCGAUACCUAAAGCGUUGGCACCUUCACCUGUUCUCUUCCGUACGGGCUCGGGGCACCCCGACAAGGGCAAGGCCAAAGAACAGGUCGAGACCGUGAUCGUCGACACGCCGACCGACCUGCGCAUCUACAUCGACCCUAGGUGCCCCGAAACAACUACCUGGUUCCAGGAUAUAUUUUGUCGAGCGGGCUGUGAAGGGAGUGCUGUCAGGCUGGACGCAGGGGGUCAGUUCAGAGACCGAUCGUCGAUUGGCGGGUCACAUCACGUGACCUAAACCUGGUCGAUCCGACGCUUACACCCGCCUCUUGACUCUCCAGGCGAGGAGGUCAUCGUCUUUGCACCGAAUCUGCCUACUCUUGGUUCAUCCCAGAAUGGGCCAGAUUCGGCGCCUCGACCUGCUAUCACCUUGUCUCUCGGGCGAGCGGUCAAGAUCGGUCCUCGGCUACCGCGGCCGGACGACCCCAUGCCGCGAGGUGAGCAUUUUCACGUCCAAGCGAAAGCCGAGAAGGUGUCACUGAGGAGGAGCAAACGUUUAUUGCGAUAGAGAAUCUUUUCACCAAAAAGCUUCGACGGACAACUUCGAUGCCUAUGCUGGACUUUCAAGCCCCUGCAGCACUCAAAUCGAUCAACCCCCUAUCACGGACCUCGAGCUUGGCCUCGAUCAAGGAAAGGCCCGUGUUCGAUCAUCGAUCUCGGAAGCUGUCCACGACUACAUCGCUGUCGAGCUUGCUGUCGGCUGAAGCCACCUCCGCUUCUCGGCGAACCUUACAGCGAUCCACCUCAUCGAAAGAUCCGUUCGGGUCCACAGCAGCCCCACCUUCUAAACAUCAGCCAUUCCGCCGCUCGACCUCAUCAUCAGCCACAACUCAACCCUUUCGAUCCAAAUUAUCAUCAAAUCCUGCUGUACCUCUCAAAAGGUCGAGAUCGAUGAUGUCGAGUUCAAAAGCCCUGUCUCCAAAAGUGAUGGUCGAAUCCCCACCUUCAUCGCCCACUUCAGAAGUCUCGGCUGUCGUACGCAGACGAUCGAGCUCAUUGGUGCCCGCUUUCAGGUCAGAUAGUCACAUUCACGAUCGAGAAGGGAGUCCUUCCCCUUCGUGCGUGUCCAACGCGUUUGAGGACGAAGACGAAGAGAUGGACGAUCGGCUACCCGAACUAGGCGCGAGAAGGCGGUCGACGAAUUCCAGAUCCACGUCAAUUGGGGAAGGCGCCAUCGGCAAGGUUAGAAGGAGUGGGAUGACGCUGAGUGAGAGUGCACCUGUGGGAGUGUUUAAGCUUGGACUGGCACCUCGGAAUCCGACUGGGACUAGGAGGGAAAGAGAUAGAAGCACGAGCCUGGCGCCGUCUGCUGCAGAAGGCAUUGAGGCGAGGAACAAGGCGGUAAGUAGGCAGGCAUUAACUAACCGUUCUAGUCGCACUUUUUCGCUUCGCUUAUGGGGUUCUUUCCUUCGUCUGUCAGACGAUCCGAAAGCUGCUGCUCUCCAGUCUAACUAGUCGAGGUGUUACGAGAGAGGACGAGCGAUUCACCGAGGUCUUUUCCAUCACGCUUCGGGGUGUACAAUUCGCUUUGGUAAGCAAAAUCAGCGCUUUGUACGCGUUUCUUUUCGAAAAGAGCUCACAUGUCGUACGGCCUUGGGCUCCAGCGCGAUACCUUCAAAACGUCCCUACUCAACAAACCUCACGGGAGCGACUUGAUCUGUCGGCAUCUGGACAUGUACAUCUCGGCACCGCGAGAAUCAUCGAUCGUGGUCAAGCAUGAAGAGGAGGAGGCACAGUUCAUCUCGGAUCACUUGUUGCCCGCUCCGAGUAGGCCAGAGGCGGGCAUGCCGACUCCACCAAGGAGCCUGGAGCCGAUGGAGGUGGAGAGCACGCUUUGA